CCAAACGCCCGCCUUUGACUUUGAGUAAACGAGUGCACAACGGCAGCGAUCUGCUAGCACCGCGCCGUAUCCGAUCGUCGAUCGACAAUCGAGCUCUUAACCCUUGUCGCAACGCCCCUCCUCCCCCUCCCUCCUCAGCGCAGUCGGUCUGAGAACUUCUGGCCACGGCGGCGACGAUAUCCUAGCCGGUAUUCAGACAUGGGCAAUUUACAGUCCAAAAAGCUCCCGGAUGACCAGCUGAAGGAGCUGCAAAAGUCAACCAACUUUGACAAGAAGGAGCUGCAGCAAUGGUAUAGGGGCUUUCUCAAAGACUGCCCGUCGGGCAUGCUCACCAAGGCCGAGUUCCAAAAGAUCUACGCGCAGUUCUUCCCCUUCGGCGACCCGUCCACCUUCGCCGAUUAUGUCUUCAACGUGUUCGACACGGACAAGUCGGGCACCAUCGACUUCAAGGAGUUCAUCUGCGCGCUGAGCGUGACGAGCCGCGGCAAGAUGGAGGACAAGCUCGACUGGGCCUUCCAGCUGUACGACAUCGACGGCGACGGCAAGAUCAGCUACGACGAGAUGCUCAAGAUUGUCGAGGCGAUUUACAAGAUGGUCGGUUCGAUGGUCAAGCUCCCCGAGGACGAGGACACGCCCGAGAAGCGGGUGCGCAAGAUCUUCCGCAUGAUGGACAAGGACGAGAAUGGUAGCCUCGAUAUGCAGGAGUUCAAGGAGGGCAGCCAGCGCGAUGCUACUAUUGUCUCGGCCCUCUCGCUGUACGAUGGCUUAGUGUGACAGAAUGAGUUCCGCCUCGUCGCGGAUUUGGGUUUCCUCUUUGGCUCUUUUCAUUUUCUUCAUUCUGUGAUGCUGCACACGAGAUGAGCGAUGCUUAUAUGAUGCAAAGAUAGGUACGCAGCGGA